AUGCCCACAACCACGAGCUCGUUGGAGGACGAGAGACGUCUGGGGAACAGACCGAUCCAGAAGAGAUCUGUGCUUAACCAGACCUUCAGCAUGGAGAGUCUGCGUCCCUUUCUCUUCAUUCCCGCCACCUUGCUGGGAGCUUUGGCUCAACAAGAUCUCAGGAACCAGGUUUUUGUGUUCCCAGAGGCUUCCAACACAGCCCACGUGGUACUUCAAGCCAACCUGAAAAAUCCCCUGACCAGCUUCACCGUUUGCGAGAGUCUCUACACGGAUCUGACGCGGGCCUACACCACGUUUUCGUACGCCACCGCAGCGAGCGACAACGAUAUCAUCGUCUACAAGGCCAGCCCCACCGACUACGAGUUUUAUUUGGGAAGGUCCAAGGUGACCUUUAAGGUCCCGGCUUCCCAGUGUGGGUGGGAACAUGUACGUGGGAUAGCGGAACUGUGGCUGAACGGGGUCCUUUUGCCCAGGAAGGGGAUCGGGAAAGGUUACGCCGUCAGUCAGAACGCGUCCAUCGUCCUGGGCCAGGAUCAAGAUUUUGUGGGGGGUGGGUUUGAUAGCAGAGAAUCUCUGGUGGGGGAACUCAAUGUUUUAUAUUUCUUCGACCGGGUGCUGACACCCCGAGAAAUGGCUUUACUGAGGAAAAAUCUCUUUGCAGGCAAAGCCAUCAUUAGCUGGAGAGCGUUGUUCUACCAGAUCAAGGGUUACGUGGUGGUUAAGCCCCUGAAGGGUCAUUUUGUGUGAGCCUCAAAGAUACG